AGGUGUGAACUUUGACCCCCUACUGUGAAACGAGCGCGCCGAGGGUCCGGGUGUUCUCAGGUCAGUCUCUGUGAAUUCUGUCGGUUUUUGUGAUGGUGUGAAAGUGAUCUGAACCGGAUCACCGUGUCGGUGACCUCGGUGUGAACGGUGAGGCUGAACCGGUUUAUAUGAUGUCAACAAGUGACGCAGCUGAGUCUGAGCUCAGAGCAGAAACAGCCCAGCACGGAACAGCACGCCUGAGGUCUGCAGCUGCACGAGAGCUACAGGAUGAACGUUUCCAGACUUUCGAUCGAAAUCCAUCGGGACGGCAGAGUUUCCCAUCAGCCACCAGACAGGAAGACGCACACACAGCUCUGAUUGUCUCAGACGACUCUGUGAGAAGAGAAGAAGAAACUGCUCAAUGUGACUCAAAGAUCCAGCAGCCGGACAGAACAACAUUCACCUCCAGUCUAUUCCUACGACUAUGCAGUUCUCCAGACCUUGGAGCCAAUCAGAAUCCAGACCUCAUAUCCAAUAAGAAACCAGGCAUAAGUCUGCACAGUUUAACUGCGACGGCUGAGGCUGAUAAGAGGCGCUGCCAGAUUGGUGGACAAACGUCAGGACCAGACUUGUCUGUGAAGGUUUUCACUGAUCCAACAUCAUCUGAAAAGAGACGAUAUACAGACAGGAAGACGGGAGAAUCUCUCACAGUUACUUCACAUGAACUGGAGACUAUCAAGGACCGUACUAUAAAUCAGACUUCAUUAAGUAGAGAGUCUGGAUCUCAUGAGCAUGGAGGCUUGCACUCAGCUCCAAGUAUAAGAGAUAAAACACAGUCUGAGAAACAGACUGAUUCUCUUGAACCGUCUGACCCUUCCAGAACCAUGUUGUCUUCCAGCAUGGUCAUGGUCCUUGCUCCUCAGUGGAGUGGCAAACUGAGGCGCAGCAAGAAAUCUGAGGGAACCAGUAAUCCUGAGGCUCAGGGGACUUUACAAGAUGUGACAAACUCUUCGUCACAUCGCGGACAUGAACGCUUUCAGGAGACAGCAGAUAGGUCAUCGAUUCACAGAUCACAUGAACCUAUGAGGGCUCCAUUUGCUGGUACCAGAAGAAACACAGAGGGUUGGUCAACAAAGAGUGGCCCUGCAAGUUUGGACUAUGAAUAUAAGAGGAAAAUGACACACACUGUCUCUUUGGAUGUAAACUCUAGAAGGUUGGACAACAGGAAUAUGAAUGCUUUGAGCCCUGUAGCCAGAGCUUCACCUCCCACAUCUCCACUUUCUCUUGAUCAAAGGAGGAAUCCACAAACUCCAAACCAAGGGGGACUGUCAUCCCUAAGCUCAAAACCAAUCACCAGCAGUCUUCUUCUGUCUUUAAGAAGAUUCAACUCCAGCGGCAGGAUCUACACUGCAGAAGAGAGGGGCUCUGAGAUGAACCCAGCACCAGCACUCCCAACACGCCUUUCUCCAACCCACCGCAAUAAUAAUGACCAAGACAAGCCAAACUCCCCUCUCUCUCCACCGUUCAUUUCUUCUAAAACAUCUGACACUGCCCCCCUCCUUUCACCACCGUCCACAAAUCAAAGAGGAAAAACUGUGUUUCAAACACGCCUCUUUUCUGCUCCACCGAGCGACAAAGAUAAAGAAGAUACAAGACAACCUCAAAUAAUCACCAGAGCCCAGUCUAGUCUUUUAUGCUCCAACCAGGCCGCACUAAAUCGAGGUUUAGCUGAAAGGCGCCAAAACUUCCGUGGUUCACACUCCAACUUAUUCUCAGAGAGCUCUGGCUCUUCUCCAAGCCACACAAGCGAUCGCUCUGCCUUCCUCCUCCCUCGAAGAACCACCCUGACAUCCACCUCCUGGUGGAAACAAGUUACUCAGGAAGGCAGCUCCCCGCCAAAGCUCGAUGACACAAUAAGUAUGAAAGACAAGCCAAACACACCCUUUGCUCCACCCAGUAAUAAUAAUAAUAAAAAUGAAUUGGCCGCAGACAUCAAAAGAUUUAAUAGUCAAAUUGCCAACAACAGAGACAGCAAUAGCACAACAGAGUCAGUUUGCAAAGGCAGCAUGAACCCUGUAAUGAAGCCACAGGGAGGAUCUCAAAACUUCAAAGAAAGAAUCUCUGGGGAUCCACCUGAACAUGAUUCAGACAAGCUUGUCAAACGGCUAAAUGAAUCCAGAUUCAACAACAGAGAACCACAGAAGCCUCAGAGUUUACCUGCUGUUUAUUAUAGGUCUAAAAUUAACAUUGCAACAGAACAAACACUGAGUCAUCCUGAGGAUCUCAGAGAGCCUGAUGGUAGAGAUAAAUCAUGUACUCCAAACACGACUGGAUUAAGGCCUACUCUGCCAAAUCCCAGGACUUUAAAUGCACCUCCUGAGAGCAACAGUCAACACAAUAGUAAUCAGUGUGCAUUCAAAGCCAACAGCUCCCCCACAUCUCCACACAGCAAGGACUCUCAUAGUUUGUCCCAACCUCUUCUAAAAACGGAUCCCUCAUUUAGCUCUAAACCCGUUCCUUCUCAGAACAACUAUCAAACUCAGUCACACUCUGACUCCUCUUCACAAACAUCCCAUUUUAAAGUGGGCUUCACGCCUCUUGGCUUUGAAAGAAGCUAUGAUUCAGUUGCUAAGUCUUUCCAGCCUAAGACUGCGUCCAGUCUGCUUUUCUCUAAAACACACACCACUCCUGUAUCCCCCUCUUCUCCUACCACAGCCAAACAUCCAGCUGCCCCAGAUGCCCCCAGAACACCACUCCUCCCUCCUCCUGUCAUUCCUGCCCUUACUACUUCUUCCACUCCCAACAUCAUGUCUUCUCUCCUAACCCCACCUGUCACGCCAAUCAUUCCCAGCCCAGACUCAGGCCCUUCCAGCCCUUGGGAAGGAAGAAGCCUCUCAAGCAGCCAAGAGAGAGACUCAAAAAAACACCGCUCAGAGGGAAAGAGAGUGAGAAGAGUUACAUGGGAGGACUCUGUGGAUCUGCAGAACUCUAAGCCAAUCACAGUUAAGACUCAAGAGCCAUCUCAGGUCCCAACAAGCCCUCUCUCUUCCCCCAGGUCCUCACCAAGCGUUAGAACUCCAUCCAUUUUUUCUUUACUGAGAGCCAGCCGUCAAACCACAGAUACAUCUCCAGCCUGCUCCACAACUACCAGGACCUCCAGCAUACAGGCGGGGAAAGGAAGGAAGUAUCCAUCUUUUUCAUCUGAUGCUGCUGAGUCAGCAUCCAAAGAGCAGGACAGAUCAAAGCCAGAUCCUCUGGUUUUAGACCAGAAAACACAGGAAGUACCCACAACCAGACAGGAGAGGACCCUCUCAGUGGAGUCUGGCAUAGUUGAAAGCCGUUCCUCUACCGCCCUUUCACUCCCCCCUGACUUUUCAAGCGGUUAUAAGCUUCGAUACAGUUCCCCUCCUUACUCCACUCUCAUGUCUUCAAGGUCAACACAAGGAGAAACAAAGCCAUCAACACCCAGAGCACAACUCUUCCAACAUUCUUUAACUUAUGUCCCACAUCUUUCUAAAAAGGCUGAUCCAAGUUCAGCCAUGACCUCACCUCCAUACAAAGCCCAUGCUACAUCAAUUAGCCCCCUACAGUCUCAUGCUCUGCCUUUACAAAGUAAAACUUCCUCUCAGGAAAGUUCAAACUUUGUGGUUUCAAAAAGUGAUCCAAUCAGCAAUAACAACAACAAGAACAAAAGCCAAGAUUGCCAAAGCAGCCAGACAUUACUUGUCAACAACAGAGCAAAUAUUGGCUCACAUUCCCUGCAGGCAACGAAAAUACAGAGCUCAUCCCCAACAUGUGUAAUUGAGACACUGGUUUACAGCAUUAAACCUAAAGGGGAAACAGUGGCCUCAAAGAAUAGCACAACAAAAGAGUUGCAACGUGGUGCCAACACAGCGAUGUCUGUGGAAAACAGGUUGCAGAGCAAGGGAACUGCAGGGGAACCAGGAAGUCAUCUAGAACCAAGCUCAGGUGGAGGCAGCUCCACAGAGAGUCACUCCACUGAUGACGGCAGCAGGAAAAUGAAGGACAGUGUCGUCUGUAAGAGCAGGCUUUCUUCAGUGGAGGGCAGCAAUGAACAAAGCUCAAAGAAAAGUCGGUUUGCCCUGAAGAAAACCACACCAAACUCUAAUUUAUCAAGGUCAGAGUCAGACAAAGCCAACAAGACCAACAACAAAAUGGACCAAGUCCUCAGCAAACUGAGACAAACAUUCAGCACCAGACGGACUGAUGAUGAUUUAUCUUUCCCUUGGAAAUGGAGGCGAGGCUCCCAAACACCUUCUGUUGGUGGUUCAAGUGACACCAGCAACGUCAGUGACAUUCCUACAGAGACUAAAACCUCAGCGAAGUCAGAGCAGAAGAAAGAAGAGGUUCUGAGGGACAAUGUAAAAGAUACAGAGGACAACAGCAGAUGGACACAAGACAGAUACUCUCUCAUAUCAACCCCAGCUUCAGGAGGCGCUGUGGCAGGAGAGAAGAAUUGGUCAGACAAAUCAUCUCCAGAAAAUGAUCUUGGCCGACAAAGUACAGAACCCAUGUCUGGAAAUAAAAUCAAACCUCAUUUAACAAUCCAAAGCCCGACAACAAACCCAUACAACUUGUACGACGACAGUAGGACAGAUUAUCAAUCGUCAAACCAGCUCCUUUCCUCUCAAGACCUCAGUCCCGGAAGGAGCUCCAACCUCUCAGCUGGUUAUUCUCAGUUCAGGAGGUCUACACCCAGCCCCAGGAGCCCUUUCUCCCCUUUCUCCUCGCUCUCACCUCUCUCUCCUUUUCCCUCAUCUGAUGCUACAGUUGCAGACGACAAUGUCUUCUACAGUCCAAAGCUACAGCGUCGUAGAGAGUCCCCUUUACCGUGUGAGGAAAAACCAGGAGAAGGUAUCAGUCUGAGGGGUUCAAGGAAAAGUCGGGCAUCUACUGGUCCUCCAAGUCCAGGACCUGGACAGGACCAGAUCUGCUCAGCAUCAUCAUAUGCAGACUUAAAGUAUGGCAUUGAGCCUGGGCGGUCGUUUUCUGUGAGUUCGGUACUGUCCAGUCGACCCUCAGGGCCUGGGCGCAUCUCCACUGGAUCAAGGUUCAUGAGUGUGGGUGACCUCACUGAAUCUGCUUUGACCUGUGAAGGGACCAGCAAGGACCAGUGGUCUGUCUCUCCUGAUUGGACCACAGAAUUUGAUUCCUUGCCCAGUAAGGACCGUCUAAUGGCAUAUUUCCCCAGUGACCCAGAUAAAAUAAAAACCAGAUCUCUACCCCGGUCACUCACCAGGCGUUUGGCAAACUGGAGCUCUGUUCCUCCGUCUGAACCUUCGACCUCAAAGCCAGCUCGCCUGUGGAGCCCUAACAUGAACACCAGCCACUUUUCAUGGGACACAGAGGGUCCUCCAACCCCUCCUCCAACUCCUCCCCUGUCUCCAGUGUCCAGACGCAUGUCAAAACCUCCCAGCCAGUCCUCUCCUACUUGUCCCAUCUCACCAGGACAACAACAGGUGGACAGCCCGUCCUCCAGAGGACACCUGCCCUCCAGAACUUACGUUUCCAGCCUUAGCACCUUUGAUGAGUCUUCAGACAGCGGCUCUGACACGACGACAGACGAUGAAUAUUACUUAGAAACAGGUGAAGAGGAGAAAGAGACAGAACUGUAAAACCUGAGAGUUUACUGAAGUCCUCCCUCCUGUCUCUAAGAUCCUGAACUUGGACACUUGAUUGUGCGGACAUGAGACAGAAGGCUGCACUAGAGUGAAGAUGGUAAUACAGAUUGAGGUGAUCAUUUUGAGUUUGACAGUUUUUGUUUACGUUCAUUGUCAGUGAGUGAUGCCAUAGGGAUGGGUGGUAGCAUGGUUAGCUUUGAGAAAUGGUGAAAUGAGCAUGCAGAAUAAUUACAGCUUAGAUUAAAGGCUUAUAUUUUAAGUGUUUCCAGUUUACUGUCUAUGAUUGCAGAUCUGCAAUGCAAGGAUUUCACACAUUGUGUAACAUUUAUGUUGGGGACAGUUGCAUGUCAUGAGGGAGGGAUAACAUCUGUGUGUUUUUAACAAUCCUGUUAAGUUUGGACUUUCACAUCAAGCUAAUCUAAAGGUUUGCAUUUCAUUCUGCUUCUAAACAGUCAACGCUGAGGUCGUGGAUCAAUCAUAAUUAUUUCAUCAACAGUGCUCUGUUUGAUGCUUUACAUUUGUGUAAAUAUUGUAAACAGAAAAAAAGUUAAAUUUAUUUCUAUUGAGAUUUUUUUUUUAUCUUGCAAAGCGCUGCUUCUAACUUUCAAGUUUUGUUGAAAAGUUUUUUAAUGUUUAGAUAAAAUUUGAUCACAUUGUGUGAUAUGAAUAAAUGUUGUCAUCUAACACCGGGCACUUACUCCUCUAUACACAGUGACAAUCUGAAGUCCUGUUAUAAGUACUUUAUAAAUAAAUGUUAUAUUUUCAGUUUCA